GGGCAUUCUGGGUACUUUCUUUCUCUUUUGGAUUUUCGUCCAUCUUCGACCGGGUGUUUUGUACGACUUCUUCUCUUAAAAUGGGCUUUGGAGACCUCAAAUCACAGGCUGGACUCUCGGCACUCAACACUUUUCUAACAGAAAGAAGUUACAUUGAAGGCUAUGUGCCCUCUCAAGCUGAUGCUGUUGUAUUUGAAGCUCUGAAGUCAGCCCCACCUGCCAGCCUACCCCAUGCCCUGCGCUGGUAUAACCACAUUGUCUCCUAUGGUGAGGGAAAACAGAACUUCCCUGGCGAAAAGAAAUCAGUUGAGAGCUUCGGACCUGCUGGUGCUGCAUCAGAACAGAAACCUGCUCCCGCUGAUGAUAAUGAUGAUGAUGAUGAGAUUGAUCUUUUCGGAUCAGAUGAUGAAGAGGAGGAAAAGGAAGCGGCACGUAUCAGGCAAGAACGCUUGAAGGCUUAUGAAGAGAAAAAAGCCAAAAAGAAGCCUGUUAUUGCAAAAUCCAACAUUAUGUUAGAUGUCAAACCAUGGGAUGAUGAGACAGAUAUGGCUGAAAUGGAGAAACUGGUACGCUCAAUCCAGGCUGACGGCCUGCUCUGGGGUGCCUCCAAACUCGUCCCCCUAGCCUAUGGUAUCAAGAAACUCCAAAUCACCGUUGUGGUGGAAGAUGACAAAAUCAGCACUGACUUCCUCGAGGAAAAAAUCUGCAAAUUUGAAGACUUUGUCCAGUCUGUAGACAUUGCAGCAUUUAACAAAAUUUAAAAUGACAAAAUAAAAUAGCAGAAUUGA